AUGGGUAGGCUAGGUAUGCAAUGUUGUGCAUUUGGGUGCAACAAGAGAAAGAAAAACAAGACUGCAGAAUUAGAUCAAUUGCGUAGUGAUAGUGAAGGCACAUCUGACGACGAGACAGCAACAAAAAGGCAUCAUGCUCGGACGUUCCACAGGUAUUCAACUAUCAAUUACAGUAAAAUUCACUUGUUUUAUAUAAAUUAAAUUUGUAAUUAGAGACAGUUUUCAAAAGUUUUGUGAAGUGUUCAGUUGAAAACGCGAAAAGUGGUGCUUUGUUGAGACUGUUGACGACAUGCAGUAUCUUCGAUUGCCUUGAUUCCCUAUUCGAGUAUUACAAAAAAAUGAAAAAGGAUUCUAUUUAUUUUUGAUCACCAAGGUUUCCGGCCGACCCAAGCAGAAAGAAAAUUUGGACAGCGAAAAUACGAAGAAAAGAUUGGAUACCAAGCAGCAGCAGUCGAAUUUGUUCAGACCAUUUCCCUGAGAGUUGUUUCGAUAGAACUGGGAAGAUGACAAAACUUAAAGACGACGCUAUUCCAACUCGGUUUAAAGGUUUUCCAAAACAUAUGCAGAAGGUAAAUAACUCGCCUGCCCCUGCUUUCUGUUUUAAGCCUGGUUUUUAUAUGACAUGGUCGCAACAGUCGUAUUAAAAGAUGUGGUCACGAUCUUUCUCAUCAGCCGAAAUACAACAUUUUAGAACUAAAAAUACGCGGAGUGAUUAUAACUAGAAAAUGCUUAUGGUAUAAACUGUUAUAAACUGGCCGUUGAGAAAGAUCGUGAUUAUAUUUUUACGACGAUUUAUAAUAUUAAUACGACCAUAUGGAAACAGUGUAUGGAAACCAGGCUUUGCGAUCUAAAACUAUGCGCUAAUUGAUACAAAUGUUAAUAAGGGUUUUCUUGGACCUCGGGGUAAACCCGAUCUCUAAAAAUCGCUAAAAUUCAUUUAUUUUAGCAAAAGUAUGCAGGGCGUUUUGCGUAGUUUAUCAAUCAAGCGUUAAAUAACGGUUCUUAAGAUAAACUGUCUUACAGUAUCUUGACAAAUCAAUAAAACAUUCAAUGUUAGUUUUUAUCACUUUUAUUAAGCAGAUACAUCAUACAAUAUAAUAAGCAUGUCAACAGUUACUGAACAGUACAGAACUACAAUUUAUAGUCCUAAACAGGCAAUGUUGAUAUUUUAGAUACAAAAGCCACGUAAGACUUCAAAUAAGAUCUUACAUGUAAACGAAAUUGACGAGGAAAGUGUACCUACAACUGUUGCUGUGGAUGACGAAUGUGAGCCUCCCCCUGCAAAGAAAAUAGCACUUGAUAGGGAAGUGAAUGAGUUAUAUACUCCAACAGAAGAGAUUGAUAAGAUCAAGCAGGUUCACCACAAAAAGGUUGAAAUCUUAAAGAAGAAACUGAAGCUGUCCCAACAAAAAGCACGACGUCUAAAGAAAAGAAAUACAUCCCUGAAGGGUAUAGUAAAGCAGCUAAAGGAAAGGGACUUAAUUUCUUCUGCAUGUGAAGAGAUGUUACAAAGAAAUUUUUGUGCGGUACCUGUUGCAUUAUUUAAAAGAAUGUCAUCAAAUUCUGGUAAAGGAUGCAAAUACUCACCAGAACUCAAGUCCUUUGCUCUGACACUUCAAUUCUAUUCAGCCAAAGCAUAUGACUUUGUGCGCAAGACAUUUAACCUUGCACUGCCCCAUCCUGUCCAGAUCCGAAAGUGGUACACUAAAGUCCCUGCAGAACCAGGAUUUACUGAACCAUCAUUCCAAGCACUAUCACAAAGGGUAAAAAACAAUGCAGAAAAGAAGGUUAUAUGCAGCCUGAUGAUUGAUGAAAUGGCAAUAAAAAAGCAUGUUUCCUGGGAUGGAAAGAAAUUUCGUGGCUAUGUCGACCUUGGAAAUGAUGUAAAGGAUGACGAUUCAGCACCCAUAGCAAAAGAUGCUCUUGUCUUUAUGGUUGUUGGUGUGAAUGAAACGUGGAAAGUUCCUGUUGGAUACUUCUUUGUUGAUGGUCUGAGUGGAAAAGAACGAGCAAAUUUAAUUAAAGUCUGUAUUAAGAAAUUGCAUGAUGUUGGAAUUGAUAUAAUCUCCCUUAUAUGUGAUGGGCCAUCAUGUCAUUUUGCAAUGUUACAUGCACUUGGGGCUCAAUUAAAACUCCCUAAUAUCAGGCCAUAUUUCCUACAUCCUUUGGAUAAAAACAAGAAAAUAUAUGUUUUACUGGAUGUAUGUCACAUGCUCAAGCUUAUAAGGAACACCUUGGGGGACGGCGGCAUAUUAUAUGAUAAAGAUGGAAAGACAAUUUCUUGGGCAUACUUAACCGAGCUACAAAAAUUGCAGGAGAAAGAGGGUUUGAGGCUAGGAAACAAGUUAAAGCUUUCACAUAUCCAGUGGUGGCAACAAAAAAUGAAAGUCAAUCUUGCAGCUCAAACAUUUAGUGCCAGUGUUGCUGAUGCAAUCGAUUACUGCAGGGACACACUGAAGCUUGAACAGUUCCAGGGUUCAGAAGCCACAGUGAAGUUUAUUUGA